AUGAAUUCCCCUAUGAUCGUUCGAUCUUUGAAUAUGAAAGAUGAUCCAUUCAGACCUCGAGAUGAAAAUGAAGAAAUUCUUGGUCCUAAAGUACCAUAUCUAAGUGCAAUUGGCGCUUUAAUGUAUUUAGCUAACAAUACUAGACCCGAUAUUGCUUUUUCUGUGAACUUGUUAGCCAGGUAUAGCAAUUCGCAAACAAAGAGACAUUGGAAUGGAAUAAGGCAUUUAUUCCGUUAUCUACGAGGAAAAUUAGAUCUUGGUCUACUCUAUCAGUCAAGAAAAGAUGCUACUCCCAUUGGAUAUGCAGAUGUUGGAUACUUAUCGGAUCCACAGAAGGCCAAGUCACAAACUGGAUAUUUGUUCACUUAUGGAGGUACUGCAAUAUCCUGGAAAUCAACGAAACAAACAUUGACUGCUACAUCAUCAAACCAUGCGAAAUUGAUUGCUCUUUAUGAAGCUGGACGAGAAUGUGUAUGGCUCAGGUCAAUGAUCAGUAAUAUCCAAGAAGGAUGUGGAAUGAACUCAGUAACAGAAAAUCCUACCAUCAUCUACGAAGACAAUACUGCAUGCAUCGCACAAGUAACUGAAGGGUACAUCAAGGGUGAUCGAACAAAACACAUAUCUCCAAAGUUGUUCUUCACACACGAUCUCCAGAAAGAAGGAACGAUAAACGUCCAACAGAUUCAAUCGUGUGACAAUCUUGCUGAUUUGUUUACCAAAUCUCUUCCUUCGAAGAGGUUUGAGCAGUUGGUACACAAAAAUUGGAAUGCGUAG